AUGGCAGACUUCAACGACAGCGAAGCCAGCAUGAGCCCGAAGUCUACCGGCGAGGCUCUCUCGAGCUUCAAGCACGGCCUGAUGCUUCCUGGGGCCAUUCUCAAUAACAGCAGCGUGCUCAACGACGAGGAGUGCGGGCUAGCGACUAUGCUCUGCGAGCAGCACCAGGCGCACCUGAUGGAUGGGUGGCCCAUGCCCGGGACCGACGACGACAAGAAGCACGCGUUUUUCAAACAGGUGCAAACUCUUCACGACACGUACCCUGCCCAAGGCGGACUGGCGACGUACAUAGAGAGAGCCAAGGACCUCCUCACAGCCUCUCAGGAGGGAAGCAACCCACUUUCUGGGUGGAAACCAAGCGUGCCCGAAGGGCAGCGGCUGGAACUGGGUAGCGAGCACUACGACGCCCUUGAGAAGGAGGGGCUGGACCAGGUGAAACAUUGCGGGUUCGUGCUCGUGGCAGGAGGGCUGGGGGAGCGGCUGGGGUACGGGGACAUCAAGCUGCGCCUUCCGAGCGAGUCGUGCACAAUGACGACGUAUCUGCAGCUGUACAUCGGGCAGAUCCUUCACCUGCAGGCGAGGUACGGGGACGGGAGAAAAUUCCCUCUGGCCAUCAUGGUCAGCGAUGACACAAGGGACCGCACCCAAGAGAUGCUCGAGCAGGGUGGUUGGUUCGGAAUGGAGGAAGGCCAGAUCACGCUCAUGAAGCAGGAGAAGGUGGCAGCUAUCCAGGAUUCCACCGCGGCCCUGGCGCUCGACCCGGAUGACCCGUUCACGAUACUCACCAAGCCUCAUGGGCACGGCGACGUGCACGCCCUGAUGCACAGCAGUGGGACGGCCAAGAGGUGGAAGGACACAGGCUGCAAAUGGGCGGUCUUCAUGCAGGACACAAACGGCCUUGCACUUCACACGCUGGCGCCCGUCUUGGGCGUGAGUAAAUCCAUGGAGCUAGAGGUGAACAGCAUGGCGGUGCCGCGCAAAGCCAAGCAGGCGGUGGGGGGCAUCGCCAAGCUCACCCACGACGACGGCCGUCAGAUGACGUUGAACGUGGAGUACAACCAGCUAGACCCGUUGCUUCGUGAAGGGGAUGGUGCCGGAGACGUGAACGAACCCAAUACCGGUUUCAGCGCCUACCCCGGCAAUAUCAACCAACUUGUUUUCGCCCUCGACCCCUACAGCAAGGUUUUGGAAGAGACGCGCGGCAUGCUCGACGAGUUUGUGAACCCCAAGUAUGCUGACGCAAACAAGAUGGCGUUCAAGAAACCCACCCGCCUGGAGUGCAUGAUGCAGAGCUGGCGAGAGUUGAACCUGUCGGUGGUUGUUAUGAACCUUCGGUGCAUAGGAGGGUGGUGA